UUGAUCUUUCUUCACUGUUCUGGGUCUUGCAGGUGUUUGUACGAUGCACGGGAAACUCGGCUGGAAACAGCAAAGUUGGAUAGAAAAGCUUCAGCUGCAUUAUCGCUUUGGCGCGCCGAUCUCGAGGCAAACAUCACUGACGAUAUACUUCGAGAAAAUGAAGUUCCAUCAUCGUCUCGACAUGCGCUCCCGCUCCAAAAUGAGGAACAGUUCAUUGAGGAGUUCCGUACAGAGGUCUUGGACUUUCUUAAUGAUGCUGCCUUAGCUGGUCCAGCUUUGCUCAAGCUGGCUGAAAGUGUCAUAAAAUGGCAGACAAAACUACAUAAUCGAUUAUAUUCACUGCCAAGGCGAUAUCCUAUUCGAUUAUCCAGCAAGUUUCUUGCUGACUACAGUAGUGCAAUGGCAUGUACAGAAAUACCGUCAUCGUUCAAUGCCAAUGUUACUAAGCAGUAUCAGUAUGUUACACUGAUAGCAAGAUUCAACCCGCAUGUCGAAGUUGUAGUCAGGAGUGGACGAGUGAUGAAGAGACUGCAGAUUAUGGCUGUUAAUGGGAAGACAAGCGUUUACUAUCUCCAGCGAUCAGUUUUCGAAGAAAAAACGAAUCGUUGUCAGCAGUAUUUGCAACUUGUAAAAACGUUGUUAGUCAAAGAACGGGAAACUGCACGUCGCCAUUUAUUCGUCUUUACACCUAAUCAGCUGGUUGUAUCACCGCACGCUGUUCUUGUGGAUGUUGGUGGUGCCUAUUCAAUGAGCUUUGUUGCUAAAAAGCCGCAUAUUUUCGACACUAUACGUCCUCUUGAUGUAUUUGCUGAAUAUGGUAUGACUUUCGGGAUGAGACCUGACGACGCAAUAACAAUGUACUACGACAGGAUAGCAGCCUCUGAAGGCAGUCUUGCCACAGCAAUGCUAGAGACGUACAGGGGUUUUGUUGUUGAGAAUUUUAUUGGACCAUCCAUUUUCAAAAAUUAUGUAGUGGAACGAUUCACUGAUCCCACUUACUACUAUCUGUUCCGUAAAAGAGUCGCACAACAGCUGGCUGUAGUGAGCAUUCUGGAGUUGCUGGUGCGUUUGUCUCCUCUGUUUUUAGAUGACUUGUAUAUUCGCACCUCUACCGCUCAGCUGGCUUCUCCUCGAUGCAGUUUCAGCUUCGACAUGGGAGUUGAUAGAAAAGUUCCGUUCCGAUUGACACCAAAUUUUCAGCGGUUCCUUGGUAUGACAUUGGAAGGUAAUAUUUUCGAUUGA